AUGAGUGAUUUCGAAUCAGGAUCAGAUAUAGAUAACUAUUAUGAAGCAGAUGAAUUUGAUGAUUUUAUUGAAUACAGUGAUAAUGAACUCGAACAAGAAAAUUCAAAACCAGCAACAGGUCAACUGGAAGUUGAGGAAAUAGAAGAGCCUGAAGAAGAUAGAAUAAGAACUUUGACUACAACUUUAAAACCAAAUGAGACUCAGGCUCAAAAAUUAUUAAAGGCACAUAUUUCUGUUUUAGUAUCAGCCCUUGGUGGUCCUGAUCAUACUUCAGAUAUUCAACCGCCUCCUUAUAAAUUGGGACAUGAUGCACUUGCAUGUCUCAAAGACAUUAAGCGUUGGAUAAGGGCUGUUGAUGAAAAGAAAAACAAUUAUGAAGUUGCUUUAGCAUGUGCUGAAAGUGGACUAGUGUCGAAUGAUUUGAUUGUAAUUUUGUGUCAAUGGGAUGAUAAAAUGCAAAAGAAAGAGACCAUCAAAAACAAAACUACUACUGAGAAAACAAUGUUGGCGUGUCUUGAAUUGUUAGUACUAUUAACAUGGCCAGUGGAGUUUGGUAAAGAUUUAUCUGAGAGCCAAAAACUACUUUAUUCUGAAAUUAAAAAAGUGCAUGUAUCUUAUAAGAAGCAAAUAUUAAUGUUUAAUAAUGGACAAUUAUUGAAAGCUGCUAUUAGAUUAGUUUUGCCUACUAUAGCAAAGUCAAGAAUAGACCGUGAACCUAGGGACAACCAAAUCUUGAAACUAGUUUUGUUUCUCAUAAGAAAUUUAUUAGCUAUUGAGCCGGCAAACAUGUCGAUAUCUAACAAGUCUCGGAAAGGUGCUAAUGUAACUGCAUCUGAUUUACCACUUGGUGUCACACAGGAUGAUAUAUCGAUCAAUAAUGUAUUGUCUGUAUUCAAGAAAAAUAAAGUGUUGAUGCUACUUUUAACCAUUUCAGGAUCAAUCGGGUCUGAAUUUGAUCGAGAUAUGUUUGGCGAAAUAUGUUUGGAAAGUAUUUAUCUAAUAAUAAAGGGGUUGUCGGCAUCAGAUGUAUUGGUUAAGAAGAAUUUGGAUUCAGCACCAGUUGGUGCACCUUCUUCUACUCAAAACAGGGUCCCUGAUGCUAUUAAUGCGUCACAGCCAUUGCAAUCAGUAACAACUACAGUUGGAAUGCAAUUGCAAGACUUGUUGGCUACUGAGUCUAAAAAAAAGAAAAUUCAAACACAAAAUAUAGCUUCCAGACAUGGUCGAUUUGGAUCCUUGCUUUCUAUUCGAUCUGCAGACUCGAAUUCUUUUGUUGUGUCAGGACAGGAAGCUUUAAUUAACACUGAUAGUUCUUUAGCCAAGUUGGAUAAGUCCAAGAAAUGGAAAGAUAGAACCUAUUUUAAAUAUGAUUCCGAUGAAUACGUCAACACUACCACUCCUGUUUACCUUAAUUUAACUGGACAAGAUAUUUUGUAUAAUUUCGUUGAACAAUUUUUGUCAGGAGGAUGUUUCAAUAAUUUGAUUGAAUGUAUGGGAUCAAGAUUAACUAGUCAAACUGAUUUGAACAUGGUAGAUGAGCUUACCCUCGCUAGUUAUUUUUUCACUAUUGCAUGGUUUUUAAGCUACCAAAGAGAAAGAAUUGGGUUGAAUCCUCAGGAUAGAGAAUUAAAUUAUGGUUCUGUUGGUGCUGCAUUGAGUGAAGUCAAUUUUAUUUUGAUUAUUGGAUAUUUCCGAGAUUCAUUCUCUCUUAAGAAAUGGAACUCUUUGCAUGUGGCAAUGAUAUGUUUCAAGGAGUUGUUACAAAUUUCCAAUUCUGUGUUCGGUAAAGAGAUUACCCACCAGACAGGCGAGGAUAAUGGUGAGAUCUCACAACAUGAAAUUGAUCGAGAAUUGGCAGAAGGUAUUAUCCGAAAGCUUUUCUCAUUUAAUGAUUUUUUGAGUAUUAUUGUUCAAAUACCACAAACUGCAGCAAAACAUUCUCCAAACUAUCUCAGAGUUUCUGUUUCUGUUGUCCAUAUUUUAUUAAAGGCUUUUGAAACUUUUGCUAAUGAAGAUGUUCAUUUGUACAUUCAAUCAAAACGUAAACAAAGUAAGAGAAACCGUAAGCGGGUGAACAAUUUGGAUAAAUCUACUGAAGAUAGGUUGAGGGAUGUGAUUUAUGCAUCUGAUGAGGAAUUGGAUCAGUCCAGUGCCAAGGAAAUAACUCAAGAACGUAAAUUGGAUUUCAAGAAAACCGAAGCAAGAUUUUUUCAUCAAACAAUUGUAUCUACUUAUAUCAACUAUUUAUCAAGGUAUGAGGAUUUAUCAAGCCAGGAAAUUAAAACAUGUCUUUCAUAUUUUCAUCGGUUGUUUGUGGUAAGAAAAGAUUUCACUGGGUUGUAUAGAUUGGAUUUUAUGCAAUUAUUACAAAAGUUGAGAAAUCAUUUACAACGAGGAAGUAGUCUACGUUUACAAGUGGAAGAGUUUAUAUAUUAUUAUAUGAAGAAAUUCAAGACUGCAUUUGAACGUUUCCCUAUGCCCAUUGAAGUAUUGUUUCCUCGAUUUGAAGAUAAUGAGUGCAAGGUUUAUUUAGCUACAGGAGAAGUGUAUGAGAAGCAAGAAACGACUUCAACGUCACGUUCUCCAAGAUUAGCUAAAGACUUGGAAUUUGUACGUGAUUUUGGAUUAGAUGAUCAAAUUAAAAUUUUGGUGAGUCAAUUGCAUGUUCAAGAGAAACAAUCAUUACUCAAAUGGUUGAUACAGGAAAUGGAAAGAAUAAUAAAUGACAGGAUUUUAAAUGCCGAUUCCAUUGCUGAAUUGAAUGCGUCUGAUCAGUAUCGUCGUUUGUUCAUUAACAAUGGGUAUUUGCGUUUCUUAUUGCGUAUAAUUGGAUUUGACUUGCCUUAUACUGUGGAAGAAGUGCCGGAGUUGGCAACUACUGUUGAUAUGGAACAUUUGACAAAAGUUACCGAAUUGAUUAAGAAAUGGGACUCCUCUCAGCCUGUGAUAUUUGAAGAUGAUAAGGUGCCCUCAUAUUUUGUGCGUACAAGAGAAGCAGGUUAUGAUGACGACCAGUAUAACGAAAAUGAUCAAGAGUAUGAUUUUGAUGAUGACUCGAUCGCAUUUGAAACCGAAGCUAAUCCAAACUCUAAUCGAAACCAUGUUUCUGAAUUGGAUCAUUUGGAGGAACUAGAAAGACAAUUACUGAGUAAUGGCUCUAGAGUUAAUUCUAAAGAACACCACGGUAUUAAAGGUAAAGCAAGAAAGAAAUCUAAAGAAAAGAAAUUGUCUACGCCAAAGAAUGUGCGUGGUCUCAAACGUAGAAGAAUACCUAAAGAUCUUUUGGAAGACGAUUCACAACAUGUCAUCAAAUCAGCCGAGUUUGUCCAUGAUUCGGAUGAUGAAUCGGAUGACGAAAAAGAUAAAGCCUUUUUCGAAAGAGAGGAAAGAAUGAGAAGUUUAUUAAAUGAUAUGGGUGGUAUUGCUACUUCAGAACAAUUGAAGGAAAUUCAAGAAGUUUGGAAAAAUUUGGAAACUGGAGGGACUAAUAAGGUUGCCUCUACUGUUGCUAAAGCUGUGAAAGAAGUCGGUUUGUUUGUUGAAGAAAGUGAUGAUGACGAUAAUGCAGAGGAGAUAAACUCGGUCCCAAUAAAUGAAGAGACGAAUCGUGCCAUUUUUGAACCAGCUGAAACUGAUACUCAACAAGAUUUAUCUGAAGAUACAUCAAAUACUUCUGAAAUGGAAUCAGAUACUGAAACUGCGAAAAGAUCAUUUGUUGAAGAUGGAGAAGAAAUACCGCAUGUUCAAUCUAAGAAAAAACGAUUAGUCAUUAGUGAUGAUGAAGAAGAGUAG